GUCUAUCUGAGCUGUGAUUGGUGCAGUCAGUCGGUGAGUCUGAGUAUUUCACAGUGAAGCAUCAGCACCUGAAACCCUGGAUUCAAAGCUGGUGUCUCUGCUGCCGUCGUCUACAAGGUGUAUGGAAAACAUGAUGAGGAACACCUGCGCUCUCGUCCUCCUGCUGCUGCUUCCUGCUGUGUGUGAGGGACAGCUGAGAGCUCAGGACUUCAUACAUCAGUCACAAUCAAUGUCCUGGAAAGAGGCUCAGGCCCACUGCAGGGUGCAUUACACUGACCUGGUCACCAUCGCUGGGAAAAUUGAGAAUCAGAACUUCGUCAACACCCAGGGAUGGAUCGGUUUGUACCGAGACAAUUCAACCUCUCUGUGGAAAUGGUCCAGAAGUGACGAGAUAGCCAACUUCACCAUCUGGGACAGUAAUGAACCCAAAGCUGAUGAGAACUGUGCUUUUAAGUACCCAAGCACAGAGAAAUGGGAGAGCGAUAAAUGUAGCAGCAAGCACACUUUCUUGUGUUUCAACGAGAGGCUGGUUCUGGUGAAGGAGAGGAAGACGUGGGAGCAGGCUUUACAGCACUGCAGGGCUCUGGAGGCGGUCAACUCCAACCAGCCUGCCACUGAUUACCAGAACCACCGCUAUGACCUGGCCACCCUGCACAGUCCAGAUGACCACAAGUAUGCAAGGGAGAAGGCCAAGUAUGCCCCCACUAAUGAGGUGUGGACGGGCCUGCGUUUCCUGGCUGGUCAGUGGGUGUGGGUGGGCGGAGAACGAGUGCAGUACCUGGGUAUGAAAAGUUGUCCAACCCUCAGGUUUUGUGGCACCCUCCCAAAGAACAUCACCAAGAUAUACAACAUACGAGACUGCAGUCAGAAAAGGAGCUUCCUCUGUUACAGGAAGCCUUGAACGCAUCAGUCUUCUUCAAGUCUGUGGUUACUGAGAGGUUCUCAGCAAAGUUAGUGGAUUGUCCUUUUAAAGUUGAUUUAUGAUAAUUAAACAGUUUCUGCAUUUGCUGUGUUUAAGUGGUUUACUCAUAGGAUGUGCUGUUUGAAGAUAUAUGCUCCUUCUGGUUCAAUUGAUGCCGACUAUUUCAAGAUGAAACCACCACAGCAAUAAACACUUGUGUCAGACAAGAAUCAAACAGUUUUAACUCACCUUGUAGGGGUCUGCCCAUUGGUCCGACCAUAUUAAAC